CAUGGCAGUCUCUCUAUUCUGUAAUCUAAUAAUUUUGCAUCUCUUCUUUCUUUUUUCUGAAGGAAAUAAUCAUGCACAGAUGCUGUUUGAUGGCUAAUCAAAUGUUUGAUUAUCGCUGAUUAUAUUUUCUUUAAGCCUCAUUUUUCACUCUCUCUCUGCCUUAGACCAAAAGCGAAGAUCGCUCUCUCAGCUCUCUCUGUCUUCAACAAUAAUCAAAACCCAUAAGGGAAAUAACCGGAUCUACCGCUUCUUGCUGCUUUGGUGCUCUAUAUGGUUACUGGUAGAUCUGCUUGUGAUUGUUGUUUGCCAACUGAAAAUGUCAUAUGAUGAAGUUCUGAAAGCUGUUUUUCCUUUGCUGGAUGGUGUGGACCUUGCUUCGUGUAUGGUGGUUUCCAAACAGUGGAGAGAUACUGCACGAGAUGAUUACUUCUGGAAAUGCCUAUGCGCCAAGAGAUGGCCUUCAAUUUGCAAGAGGCCUAAUCCUCCAACUGUAACCUACUGCAAGCUGUAUCAGACGUUUUAUAAACGACAGAACCGUCAAACUCUACUACCCCCAAGACUUUCUUUUGAUGAUUUGGAAUUUUUCAUCGAUAUCUGGAGUGAAGAAAAAUUGAUUUUCUCAGAAGUGGUCCCAGGACCUGUCUUGCUGGGUGGAAUCAAAGUCCCACCUCCAGGGAUAUGCGACAUACUCAGAUUUCACCUUGAAGGUCCUGAUUAUAAGAUGACUCUGCCUGUUGAGCCAAGGGUCAAAAUUCCCUUGAGCCAGACUGUAAGUGUUUCAGUGCUUGUGGGGCGCAAAGAUACUAACAAGGUUGCUCGUGUAAUCAAUAGAUCUGUGUUUGAUUAUAUAGAUCGGACAGCCUAUAGAUCUAUGGCAUUUGAGUACCUUGAUUUCUCUCCAGCACACCCAUUCGUUCCCGGUAUUCGGGCAUGGAUUUCUUUGCUCUUCAUGGAAGAUGGAAAUGAGGGUGUCAUUGAUGUUUUCGGGAUUGAAAUGGAUUUCCGUGAUGCUGCAAACUCCAGGGAGGAGGUUUUGUGGCUGUUGGACAUGCUUGAUUGGAAGUGAAGUGUGGAUCUGCAAUGACCGGCUAAGAAGUGAGGCACUGGGCUCGAUCAGGUGUAUACAGUAGUGCUGGAUUCUUCAUUGUUCUACCCCCUGCAAGGGGACUGUCCAUGGAGAAGAGUUCAAGGUCUAUCCUUGGUACAGAUCUGGCUUUGAGUUAAUAACAUUUUAUUACAUGUUCAAAGACUGUAAAUAAUUUGUUGUCAUCAUUCAUAUGGACAUGUCUUGUGUAGUAGUUCCUCUAGCCUCCUAUCAGCCAUUUGGAAUGUGUUCAUCCCAGAAGGUUGACCUAGUGCCAAAACAAUGUAAUAAUAUCUUUGCCUUAUUGAGUAAUAAUUAUUAAAGUACUGUUAUUGGCA